UUGCGCAUAAUCGUAAAAUAACAUUAGUCAAUAACCUAACCUUCUCAUUCAGCAGUGUUUUUCAUAACUUUGAUGAAAAUGUUGAAUUAGAAUAUGUUAUCAAAAGUAUGGUUUGGCAGAAAUGGAUCGAUUCUUAAUUCGAACUCCACGAAGUGAACUCAUUCAGUCUUCAUCGUCAUCUAAAAAGAAAAAGUCCCGUUCUAGUCAGUCUACUAUAUCUUCACUACCUGGUGUUGUUGAUAUUAAAGAUUUAACCAUCAAAAAGAGGAAACUUGAGAGUUCUGAUAUAUUUAGUAAGGAGAAGAUUACUAUUCUACAGGAGUUGGAGAAAAAGAAUCCUAGUACUCAGGUUCUCAUUGAUACAGGGAUAGGACGAACAGUCAGCAAGCUUAGAAAGUGUGAAGAAGAAAGUGUACGUGAGGCAGCCUGUACAGUGUACAACAAAUGGAAGCUGGUCCUAGAGAGAAGAGUGGAGCUUAGUUCAAACAAAAUAAUUGUUAAAUCUGAUCUGUAAACUCUCGGUAUAGACGAGUGUCCCGAAAAGUCGUCUUUGCUUUGAAGAAUUCUGAGAACAAGAGUAAAACGUUCUCCUCUUCAGUAGAGAUUAAACAACUAGUUGAUCAACAGAACUAGCCGCAGGAAAAGAAUGAAUCAGCUGAACACAGUUCAAUGGAGAACUUCUGUCUAGUAGCAUGGACUUAGAAAAUCAGGAUUACCUCGUGAAACCAAGAUUAAAGAAACUCAGCGGCGAAGAUUUAAAGGGGUCGGAGGAGAGUUGUGAGGAGUUAAUUUCUAGAAAGAAAAUGAAGGUGAAGAGAAAGUGGGAAGUUUUCCCUGGAAAAAAUACAUUUUUUUGUAACGGUAGACUAGUGAUGGGCAGACAGGCUGGUAUAUUCUAUGUGACCAUAUUUCUUGUUGUGGGAACUUCAACGCUCUUCUUCGCUGUGGAUUGCCCUUAUCUAGCAACUGAGAUAACUCCAGCUAUUCCUGUAGUAGCGGGGGUUCUUUUUAUAUUUGUACUCUCUAACCUUCUAAAAACAUCUCUCUCCGACCCUGGAAUUAUUCCUAGGGCAUCUCUGGCAGAGGCGGAAUAUAUUGAGAGAGAAAUAGAACAGCCAGGGGUUGGUUCAGCCUACAGACCUCCCCCUAGAACUAAAGAGAUACAGGUGAAGGGACAGCCAAUGAAAUUAAAAUACUGCUUCACAUGCAAAAUAUUUAGACCACCUAGGGCUUCUCACUGUUCAAUUUGUGAUAACUGUGUGGAAAGAUUUGACCAUCAUUGCCCUUGGGUUGGCAAUUGCGUAGGGAAACGUAACUACAGAUAUUUCUACCUUUUCCUUGUGUCUCUCUCCUUUCAUUGUGUUUUCAUCUUCACCUGCUCUCUCACACACCUAGUUCUCAGAUCAAAGGAGAUCAAUCCGGAAAAGUCUCAGUUCCUUGAAGCUAUCCGAGAUACCCCUGCUUCUGUUAUAGUCUGCGUAAUCUGUUUUCUCAGUAUUUGGUCAAUAAUAGGACUAGCAGGAUUUCACACCUACCUCACCUCAAAUAAUCUUACCACAAACGAAGAUAUUAAGGGUUCUUUUUCAAACAAGAGAAAUUCUUCCAACUUUAACCCAUACAGGUAA